CCCCCCCCUCCGUUCAUCUUCUCGCCAAAGACUUCCCAUCCCUAGAUGUUUGUCCAAGACAAUUCCGCUUACAAAUAACGCUCGUUCGAGGAUUCGCUUAGCUCUUUCGCGUAAAAAUCCAUUUUCAUCAUAUUUCUUGAAACAACAAAUGAAAACGGUGAAAAGUUGAUUUUCAAUGUUUUUUUGACCUUUGAAUUCUCUACAAUCCCCCUCUAUAUGGUCACCCAAUAGUCCUCAGAUCUGAAGUCUCCUCAUCGAGUUAUCUGUAGAAAUAUCUUUUCCGAGAAAUUAAUUUUCGAUGUUCUUUUGACCUUUCACCCACCCACCCCUACUCACGGUCACCCAAUAGUCCUCAGAUUCGCACUCCCCGCAGCGAAAUAACGCUACAAAUGUCUUUUCCGAGAAAUUAAUUUUCAAUGUUCUUUUGACCUCUCACCCACACCCACCCACCUCUCCACACAGUCAAGCAAUAGUCCUCAGAUUCGAACUCCCCGCAUCGAAAUAACUCUACCGAUGUCUUUUCCGAGAACUUAGUUUUCGAUGUUCUUUUGACCCUGGCACAGACAAACAAACGCAUUUUCGUUUUUUCGUUUUUUUCGUAUCACCCUCCUUUCAGUCGAGGGAAUUUCUCAUAGUCAAUCUUAAAUUAAUUUGUUUCAAUUUUUAGAUUUUAACUAUCAUAAUUAUUUUCAUUCUAUUGAAAGAAAUUACAGGCUGAUUUUUUUAUUAAAGAAAGAUUUUACUAAAGAAAGAUUAUCAAAUUUAUUAUUAAUUUUCUAAAAUUUCUUACUUAGUAGCGAGUAAAUCUCCACCAAGUUUUCUGGAAGAUUUAUCUCGAAAGAAACUUUAUUAUUUGUGUAUAUCAUCAAGUUGAGAGACAUACACAUUUCUCACUAAGGACUACAAGUCAUAUCUAUUAUAUUUAUAUAAAUACGUACUUGAUUUGAAUGCAAAAUUGUGAUUAUUUAAGAUUUUAGCGUGUAAUUUAAUCUCAUAUUAUUUCAGUAUUUAUUACCGGAAAAAUAUUCACCUGCUUCAAACGUAAAAUCACGAAAGCAAGCCUAUAAACAGCAACUAAUUACUUACGUUUAUUAAUUGUAACACAGAUUACUGGAUUUCUUAUUGAGAUCUAUCAAUUUAAACAAUAAUUAGUAGAUCUAUCUUGAUCAUUUAGGCAAAUAAAUCAUAAAUUAAUCUUGACUAUUUAACAAAAUAAAUAGCAUAUUAAUCUUGAUUAUUUGAAAGACCAGCUAUUAUUAAAUUAAUUUUGAUCAUUCAAAGGAAUAAAUCAUAAAUCAAUCUUGAUUAUUUAACGAAAUAAAUAGUUCAUUCAUCUUGAUCAUACAAGAAAACAAUUAGUGAAUUUGUUAUUGAGCUUUUAAUCUUUGAACUAGUUAAAAAGAUGCCCAAAAUAAAGAGAAGAUCCGUAUCACAUAGAAAUGUCGAGAUGGCCAAAAGAAUGAGAGAGAGGAGAACUGAUGAUGAGUUUCGAUUGUUAGACAAUAAACGACGAGCAAUUGCUCAUAAAAGUGAACGUAAAAAUCAUGAAUUUAAAACAGAAGAAAAUAAAAGAAGAACUGAAGCUCUUAGAAUUGAACGGCAAAACGAAGAGUUCAGAGCUGAGGACAAUGAACGAAGAGCCGAUGCUCAUAAAAUUGAACGACAAAACGAAGAGCUCAGAGCUCAGGAAAAUGAAAGACGAUUGAAGUCGGUUAAAGUUAAACGUGAAGAGGAAGAUUACAAAGAGGAAGAAAGAAGAAGAAAUGCAUUAAGAAUGCAUAAUACUAGAGAUAAAUAUAAAAAUAAUUUCGAUGCCAUGAAAUCAAAUUAUGAGUCAAAAAUUAAAGAAGGGCCUACUCAUGUUUGUAGUUGUUGUGGUGGUUUAUGGUUUGCAUAUUCUAUCAGAGAAUAUACAGUUGAGAUGUUAGUAAAGAAAGGAUUAAAAAAAGAAUUUAUCGAUACAGUUUGUUAUCUAAAACAUGAAAUUAUCGAAUUAUGCGCUACUUGUCGAAAGGACAUCAUGUCGAAUAAAAUACCUAAUCUUGCUCUAUCGAAUGGUUUAGCAUUCUAUGAAAUACCGGAUUGCUUGAAAAUCUUGACUGAAUCAGAAGAAAGAUUGAUAUCGCCAAGAAUUCCUUUUAUGAUAAUUCGAACGUUAGGCUUUUCUAAACAAUUUGGUCUCAAAGGUAAUUUAGUAAAUGUUCCGAUGAAUGUUGACACGAAUGUUUCAAUAUUACCUUGA